GCACAUUGCCUCCAUUUUGCUCUCAUGUAGGGUGCGCGCGCAGUGUAGGUGUAAACUGGAUAGAAAACAGGACGGAAAGGAGACGCGCUGAGAAAUCGUUACAGAAAUGGACGGCAUCAGCGAUGUUGCAGUUGGAGUGAAGAGAGGAUCUGACGAGAUGAGUAUGUACAACAGUCCCAACUCUGGCAUGAGCAGUAUCAGCGAUGGGGCUUCGAAUGGCAGUGACAAUAAGAAGCCGAGGGUGGAGGCGGCUCCACCGUCUCGUGUUCUCCACAUCAGAAAGCUGCCCAGUGAGGCAUCAGAGACUGAAGUGAUCGCGCUUGGUUUGCCUUUUGGUAAAGUCACCAACAUUCUCACACUAAAGGGGAAAAACCAGGCGUUCUUGGAAAUGGGGACAGAGGAAGCAGCCAUCACUAUGGUUAACUACUACAACACAGUAAAUCCUCAUGUCCGCAAUGUCCCAGUCUUCAUUCAGUACUCCAAUCACAAAGAGCUCAAGACUGAUGCUCUCAAUCAGCGGACCCAGGCAGUGCUGCAAGCGGUGUCAGCUGUCCAGUCCAGCGGGUCGCCAAGCUCAGACGUGCAGGAGGUUCUCGCUGCAGCUUCAAGUCCCGUUCUGCGGAUCAUCAUUGACAACAUGUUCUACCCUGUGACGCUGGAUGUACUUCAACAGAUUUUCUCCAAGUUUGGCACAGUCAUGAAGAUAAUCACUUUCACUAAGAACAAUCAGUUCCAGGCCCUCCUCCAGUUCAGUGAUCCUUCCAAUGCAAACCAGGCUAAACUGGCACUGGAUGGCCAGAACAUCUACAACUCGUGCUGUACACUGAGAAUCGACUUCUCCAAGCUGGUCAAUCUAAAUGUUAAGUACAACAAUGACAAGAGUCGGGACUACACACGCCCCGACCUGCCUGCUGGUGACGGCCAGCCCAGCAUUGACCCUGCUGUAGCUGCUGCCUUCAGCAAAGAAAACUCCCUCCUCGGUAAGAUCCCAGGGGCGCUGAACCCCUUGAGUGCUGCAGCAGCGGCUGCAGCUGCUGCCGGCAGGGUGGCGCUAGCUGGGCAGACGGGGUCCAGCGGCGUCCUACUGGUCAGCAACCUUAACGAGGAGAUGGUUACGCCCCAAAGUCUGUUUACCCUCUUCGGAGUAUAUGGUGAUGUCCAGAGGGUGAAAAUACUUUACAAUAAGAAGGACAGUGCUCUCAUUCAGAUGUCAGAUGCCAACCAGGCUCAGCUAGCAAUGAGCCACCUAAAUGGCCAGAAGAUGUAUGGUAAGAUUAUCCGGGUGACACUAUCAAAGCAUCAAACGGUGGCGCUGCCUCGUGAUGGCCUGGAUGACCAAGGGCUGACGAAGGACUUUGCCAAUUCCCCACUUCAUCGCUUCAAGAAACCUGGAUCCAAGAACUUCCAGAACAUCUUCCCGCCCUCUGCCACCCUUCACCUUUCCAACAUCCCACAAGAUGUGACAGAGGAUGACUUGAGGCUACUCUUCUCAAACUCUGGAGGCACAGUGAAAGCGUUUAAGUUUUUCCAAGAUCGCAAAAUGGCUUUAAUCCAGAUGUCAACUGUGGAGGAGGCCAUCCAGGCAUUAAUCGACCUUCACAACUGCAACAUGGGAGGCAACCAGCACCUGAGAGUCUCUUUCUCUAAAUCCACCAUUUGAAAAUGUGACAUGCCCUGAUGGUAUCAGGGUUUACUGUCUCUCAUCUGGUCAGCAUUUUCUCAGACUGUCUGGGGGGUGGGGGACCACAUUGAUUGAAUCAGUUUUGUUGUUUAGGUUUUUUUUUUUUUUAACCUGUCAUUCCAUCAGAGACUAAAACUUUUAACUUGCAUCCUUUUGUUUUUUUUAAAGAGGACAAUUGAGUAUGUUGCAGAUUGUGGAUCAUCCCAGCUUAACUGUAUUUCUAUGUCAGAAUUUUGACAUAAUUGAUUGUUCCACGGUAUGAUAGUGAUGUAGAUCUGUGUUUAAUUCUUAAUUUAGUUGUAAAGAUACAGUACUUAUGUGCCUUACUUGACAAUAUCAACUGUUUCUGCAGGUAGACAUGUUCAUUUUAGCUCUAUUUACUUUUGAGGCACAUUGGUAUUGAAUAUUUUGGGGUUGGUGAGAAUGCAAGCUUUUAUUUUUACCAUGAAAUUAUCAUUAAGCUCUGCCACCAACUUUUUUUGUUCCAGAGAUUUACAUGGAUGUUUUCUUUCUAGUCGAGCCGCAGGAAAAAAUAUUUCUGUAACAACAUGUAAGACAAUAACACAACAUGAUUGCUACAGGUUGCUGUAAAAAAACAAUUCUAAGCAAACCUUUUAGCUUAGAACAUAUUCCACGUUUUCAGUGUAAGGUUUUUCUGCCCCAGUUUUGAUUUCAAAUUCUUGAUCUACAUGGACUUUCACAACAUGGCUGAGAGCCAAAUGUUUUCUUCUGUCUUUAAAGCCUUCCAUGCUUUUUUUGUAUCAGUGAGGUGUAGUUAAUGGUAACAAAGCGUGAAUAGUUACAAUAGGAUCAGGAAGUGUUGCAUGCUGUGGAAACAGAAAAUGUCCACUGUGAUUUCAUUUGUCAUGUGACAGUUUACUCGAGAGGGCUACUCAGUUGGACCAAAGUUUCUGUGCCUUUAGUAUUAUUUGAACUCGUUUUGACAACAGAAAACCGAGCAUUUGAGGACACAUUUUAAGACAUGAAAUUGUCAGAAUUCCCACUUGUUUUUAUACAGAACCUCUUUUCUUGAGGCAUUUGCUCAUAAAAAAAUAUGUAUAUUUUUUUCCUCCAAGUCUGAUUUUAUACAGCUAAAUAUGUAAAGAUUUGGUAAAGUUUGGAAGAGGCACAAUUAAAGGCUGAAUUAUUUUUUAACAAAGGGAAGUGCGACUUGGUUUUCUGCUUUUGAGUUCCCCCUCUCAUGGCCUCUCUUGUGUAUUCUGCAUUACCUCUGUAGCAUGCCUAAUAAAACUCUUUUGUAGCUCUGCA